GGUUGGGAAACGAUGCGAGGAAACGAGAGGAGUUAUCCGAAAGAACGCAUGUGGGAUGAUACGGAACUGCAACAAGCUCAUCCGGAAUUAUUCAAAGCUGGCAGACCUGUUCCGCCGGAGAACAAAUUCGAGCCACAGUCAUUCACCAAACGUACUGCCCUCCUUGACCUCGGUCCACCGUCACGACCCUGGUGA